GCCCGAAAACUGGGAGAUGAUUCCUACUAGAUAACGCGUUUGACUAACUCAACAUUGUCAGAGUAAAUAGAAACCGUUUAAAAUGACUAAUGAUGCGUCUAAAAAGAAGGUGAAGGUUGAGAAAAAAGGCAAACGAAAGGCCAAAAGAAGAGAGACCUACGCGAUGUACAUCUAUAAAGUUUUGAAACAGGUUCACCCGGACACAGGGAUUUCUAGCAGAGCCAUGAGCAUCAUGAACUCCUUCGUGAAUGACCUUUUUGAGAGGAUUACUACUGAGGCGUCCCGGCUGGCUCAGUACAAUAAGCGCUCCACCAUCACCAGCAGGGAGGUGCAGACCGCCGUGAGGCUGCUGCUGCCCGGGGAGCUGGCCAAACACGCCGUGUCCGAGGGAACCAAGGCUGUUACCAAAUACACCAGCUCCAAAUGAAGCCUUCAACACUUGUUGUGACAGAUUUCAAACUUGUGCAUCUGUGCGUUUGUUACUUUUUUGAGUUCAAUAAAUCUAAGCACAACACGCUUUCCCCCCACCCCCUCACCCCCACCCCCACCCCAUUUGUUGUAAUCUCCUUGACUCUAUUUACAGUGUAAAGUAAUUUCAAACCACUAGAUGGGGUAAUUGCACAUCUUUCAUAUUGCAGACCUAUUGUCUUGGUGUUGUGUAGGCCUACAUUAAAGCUAUGAAACGUUCAUUUUUGCUAACAGAUACACUGCAAGUUGGCAAAAACACCUCUGCAGUGAUGCAAUAAACGGCAUGCAUGAUAUCAGUAUUCUGCUACAAUACCACGUUGGUACAUAAAGGCAUAGGCGCUGAUUUAUGUUUCUGCCGGUGGGUGCUCAAAACAGUGUGUGUGUGCCACCCCCUCAUGCGUCCAUCGCAUGACAUGCACGGCACGUGGGUGCUCGGCCUUCUCCGUGGGUGCUCGGGCCCGGAAGCACCCACGGAAUCGGCGCCUAUGCAUAAAGGGUUCAUAUGGGAUAAUAUCUAGCUGUCAGUUUAUGGACAGUCUUAACAUACUCGGGGGUUUUUUAACUCAUGAAAGUAAAUUCAAAUAUUCUUAGCAAGUUUCGAGAACUGGAUCGUCAUUGUUAAGGCACAACGAAAUGUAUUUUGAGCUGGCCCAUAGGUGCAACAUGUAGAAUAAAAUCACAAAUAAGAAAUUAAACGACCCUUAAAAUGUAUCAUCCAUUCUGUCAAUUGUUAACACUUGU